AUGUCAGAGGACCUUUCACCCACCAGUAGCAGAGUGGACUUGAGUAACCCCCAAGGGUUUACUAAAGACGGAGUGGAUUUAUCGAAGUUGACACCACAGGAAUUGAAAUUAUACAAAAUGUAUGGAAAAUUGCCAUCUAAGAAAGAUCUGUUACGGCACAAGAUGCAAGACCGUCAGUAUUUUGACAGCGGUGAUUAUGCGUUGAAGAAAGCAGGUGUUAUUAAAUCGGACGAUGUUAUUGUGAAUAAUUCUAGUAACAAUCUUCCAGUCACCAAUCCCAGUGGCCUGAGGGAGUCUAUUAUUAGAAGACGUAUGAGUAGUAGUAGCGGUGGCGACUCCAUUUCGAGACAAGGAAGCAUCUCAAGUGGACCUCCACCAAGAUCUCCAAAUAAAUAA